CAGCUAUAAUACCCAUUCCAGCUGCUGUUCAGUUUAAGCUCAGUAAAACAGGCACCAGUCUCCAGGCAGCCCCAAAGUAGGUGGCAGAUAAGGUUUUCUGUGAUCACUCUGGUUUGAGGGAGGCAACUGGGAUCAGGACUGCAGGAGGAGAGUACGUGUUGAAGAAAAAAAUCUCUCUGCUUAGUUGGAGGAGCAACAGGCAAUGGAUCUCAAAAGCCAGAAGGUGAAGCUUAAUGAUGGCCACUUCAUUCCUGUCCUGGGAUUUGGCACUGCUGCACCUGAGGAGGUUUCUAAGAGCGAAGCUCUGGAGGUCACCAAAUUCGCUAUAGAGGUUGGGUUCCGCCACCUUGACUGUGCUCAUGUGUACCGAAAUGAAGAGCAGGUUGGCCAAGCCAUUCGAAGCAAGAUUGCAGACGGCACUGUGAAGAGAGAAGACAUAUUCUACACUUCAAAGCUUUGGUGCACUUUCUUUCGACCAGAUUUGGUCCAACCAGCCUUAGAAAAGUCACUGAAAGAUCUUCAACUGGAUUAUGUUGAUCUCUAUCUCAUUCAUUUUCCAGUGGCCAUGAAGCCAGGGGAGGAAUUACUUCCAAAAGAUGAAAAUGGAAAAAUGAUAUUAGACUCAGUGGAUCUCUGUCGCACGUGGGAGGCCCUGGAGAAGUGUAAGGACGCAGGGCUGACCAAGUCCAUCGGGGUGUCCAACUUCAACCACAAGCAGCUGGAGAAGAUCCUGAACAAGCCGGGGCUCAAGUACAAGCCCGUCUGCAACCAGGUGGAAUGUCACCCUUAUCUCAACCAGAGUAAACUAUUGGAUUUCUGCAAGUCCCAUGAUAUUGUUCUUGUUGCCUAUAGUGCUCUGGGAUCCCAAAGAAUAAAAGGAUGGGUGAACCUGAACCACCCCGUUCUCUUGGAGGACCCGGUUCUUUGUGCCAUUGCCAAAAAGCACAAGCAAACCCCAGCUCUAGUUGCCCUUCGCUACCAGAUACAACGUGGGGUUGUGGUUCUGGCCAAGAGUUACAACAGGAAGCGGAUCAAAGAGAACAUACAGGUGUUUGACUUUGAGCUGAGUCCAGAAGACAUGAAAGCAAUCGAUGGCAUCAACAGAAAUAUAAGAUAUAGCGAGAUGCUAUUUGGUGUUGGUCACCCAGAAUAUCCAUUCUCUGAAGAAUAUUGACUCUCAGCUCUCACCGUGGUUCUUUGAGAAUGUCUUGCUUCUAGGGCAGUGAAGAUUUUUGUAAUUGUUAAGAUGCUUAAAUGAAGUGUCUGAAAUUUUGAAAGCUUGCUUUUUUUAAAAAACAUUUAACACUUUAUGAAACAAUAAAAACUUCAAAGUAAGAAUA